AUGAACUUGCAUGUUGCAUUAAUUGAUGUCCAGAAUCAAGCUCGAUUUAGUAUCGAAGAAGCUCAAGAGGUAUUGUUCUGGAUCGAACAAGUUACCAACGUUCAGUUCGAAAACGAUCCAUCCACUUUCGAAACUGCUCAGCAUGUAGCCGAUGCGCUAAAGGAUGGUACGCAGCUGUGCGCGUUAGUUUUUACUUUCAUUCACUUAGGAUGGGUCCACGAAAGUGGAAGAUGCCUGCGGCAUAUAAGAAUGUAACA